AAGAAUAAGCGGGAAGACCAAAAGGAGUGAGGGGAGACGGGGGCGUGUGAAGGGUGGCGGUCUAUGAAGACGGACAACUUGAGGGAGAGGCACCCACUCAGUGCCUCAGUGGGCACCAGCACACACACCCGUCUCCUCCUCCUCCUCCACAAGGACAGAUGAGUGGUGACGGGGCGACGGGGGGCCUCACACCACAUGUUACUGAGGACGGUGUGAGGCGGACACUCCACCUCGACCAAGGCCAGGACGCUACUCUCCUACACUGGGCAUGUCACGAUUUCACCAACAAGGGAGACAACUACAUUGCCAUCAUCACCAGCGUCAACGUUAAGUUUAGUAAGGGCGGCAGCGAGCAGCAGGUGUCAUACGUCGUCAAGAUAAAACAAGUAAAAGACUCAGGCUCUACUAGUGACUUCGAUGAUAUGGUGUUUAUUAAAGAGGGGAAAUUCUAUACUGAAAUCAUGCCGCUGAUUAAUGCGGAAUUGGUCAAUGUUGGGAUGACCCCUUUAAGAGUCCCGUGCUGUCUGCACUCUGAAUGGGAUGAGAAGCAGAAUGAGCUGUUUUUAGAAGACCUUCAACCUCUUGGAUUUAAGUUACAUGACCGCAAGAAAGUAAUGAGCACAGCACACGCAGUUCUAGUCUUGCAGGAGCUUGCCAGACUCCACGCAGCCUCAUUCAUCGUGCUUUCCAAAACUCCCCAGGAGGACCUGAUUCAUAAAUUCAAGUUUUUAUCCUGGGAGAUGUUCAAUUAUUCUGAGAAAACCAAGAAGGCUUUUGACGCAUUGAUCUCCGGUAGUCUCCUGACGGCCUCCGAGCUGGCCGGGGCGGUGGACAGGGAGGACAUGAAGGAGUGGUUCAGAGCACUGUCUCCUAGGGGCCCGGAGCUGUUGGCUGAACAGAUGAGCGGCGGGUCUGCCUUUGACGUCAUAAGUCAUGGUGACUGCUGGGUCAACAACUUAAUGUUCAGGUAUGAUGCUCAGAGUCAGCCCGUCGAGGUGAUGCUUGUUGACUUUCAGUUGUGCCGGAAGUCAUCGCUGGGUGUCGACCUCAACUACUUCUUGUUCAGUAGCCUCACCGCCGCUGAGAGGAACGUAAGACUGACGGAUCUGUUGGCUACCUACUACACUGCCUUUCAGGAGGUGACAGAGGCGGCGGGGAUCGCUGCGCCCUACACUCUUGAUGACGUCAUUGGGGAGUUCCACAAGAAGAACAUAGUUGGUCUCAUCUUCGGCGCCUUGGCUAUCCCCGCUCUGGUGUGUGACCCGCAGGACGCCCAGGAAUUCGAUGUCACUUCGGACGAUCACACAAACAACUAUGUCACCAAGAAACGUCAAAAUACACUGAAUAUGUUGAAGACGAACUCCCUCGUGUUGCCCAGGCUAAUGAAUCUCUAUGAUGACGUCGAGCUUUAUGCUGGCCUUACCUAAUGCAUUUUCAGACUAAUAAUUCGAGUUUUGCUUGUAAGUGCUUCAACAAAGUCUACCACAAACACGUGUAUCUCAGCUUCACUAAAGUAUGAACGGAGGAAGAGCCCAAGGAGGGAUCGGGCGUCCUGCCCAGCAGUGUGGACAAACCUUCCCCCCUUUCAAAGAAUCAGAUUGGGCCCACACCAGCCCAAAUAUGGAUACUUGGUCACACGACUUCCGCACACUACCACUAAUACAGCUCUGAGGAUAAUGAUGACCAAAUUGAAUAAUGAUAUAUUACCUUAAAAAGCAUUCUUUGACAUACAGACAUUAUCAACCUAUUAAAGUGCAUUCUCUUAAA